AAUGUUUACGUGUGUAUUUCCUGUCCGUCGCUGGGAAAUGUGAAUGUUUGAAAUGCUCCCACGUUUUACUGAUAGCCCAGCGGGUUCAAUGUUAGAUAGGAAAUGAAGUUAGACACGCUUAAUGAUUUAGACAUUGCAUCACGCUUUCACUUCAUUUAAAUUACUACGGUAUAAUCUCUGAAGCUUUUUUUUGUCUACUUAUUAACGAGAACUGUCGUUAGCAAACUCCGGUCUCUCACAACAACUCUGGUUGGUUGGGCUGGGCUGUGCUUGCUGCUUGCACUGUGAACAUAUGUGAGCAUCCAACAAGCCACAGUGUGAGUUAAAAUUAUGUCACUUUCCGUCUAACGUGUUACCGUUAGAUAAUUUAAAUCAAGGAGUUUCACGGAGCCAAACAAACAUGAUGGUAGCCCAUUUCCGUUAACUGACGUUGCCCGUUAUGGCUAGCUGAGGCUGUAGUUAACGUUAUAAUGUUUAUGGUUAAUAGAUUAUGACAAUGUUGUUACCAUCCUCUGUGAUUCGGUGACCGAUAAAGUACGUGAAUUUACUAGUUCAUUAUGUAUUUGUCCGUUUGUGAAGCAUUGUUGUUACGGUGUUCAUACCAAUGUUGUUCUUACCGUAACGUUACUCUGAUUUUGGGGUAAUGUUAUCCAGUCAAUCUUGGAAAUGUGCCUGUAGUUUUUCAAUUCUGGCAGUGUUUAAGGACAAACUUCCACAUAUAGCCAAUCAGGGAAGGUGUCUGUAGGGUCAUGUUAUCCUAAUCUGCUCAGAACGGAGUGCAGCCUCGUUUACAGCGAUAGGAUUAGGCAUCCCGUGUCUCCAAUGACAAGGAAUAGGCUUUGCCUAUUCUUAGAAUGUGAUGGAAGUCCUUUGGCUGUGCAGGUAGCAGCAGAGCAGGUAGGUUAAGAGAAAAGUCACUUGUAGGCCACUUUUAAGCAUUAUUAUAAAUGUUACUUAAGUUUUUUCCAGACUCUCUUCAUUCUAACAAGUUGGUUGAGUGAGUAUGGAGCUUGGGAAAGCGAAACUCUUGAGGACUGGUUUAAACUCCCUGCAUCAAGCCCUCCACCCUGUACAUGGGAUAGCGUGGACUGAUGGGAAGCAGGUCUGUCUCACCUCUUUCUACUUUGUCAACGGGGAGCCGAAGUUUGGCGACACCAACGUCAUCGGGCAGUUCGAGCACGUCUUCGGGCUCUUCUGGGGCCCGCUGUGCUGCUCAGACUCUCCGGCGCUGCUUGCCGUGCAGCACAAGAAGCAUGUCACCGUGUGGCAGCUCCAGCUGAGCGCCCUGGAGCAGAAUAAGCUCCUGUGUACACAGACCUGUGAGAUGAGCGAGCCGUUCCCCUUGCUCUCUCAGGGCUGUGUGUGGCACCCCAAGCAGGACAUUUUGGCCGUCUUGACCAAGCGGGACACUUCGGUUCUGUUCUCUGUGCGGGUAGACAACCGCAGGGUGAAGGCAGACAUUAAGGGCAGUGGACUCAUUCAUUGCGCCUGCUGGACCAAGGAUGGGACAAGGUUAGUAGUAGCCAUUGGCACUGGCCUGCAUUCGUACAUCUGGAAUGAUAUUCAGAAGAGCUUGGUGGCAUGCUCUUUCUGCCCCAUCUUUGACGUUGGGGGUUACAUUUGUGCUAUUGAGUCUACAGAUGAUGCUCAGGUGGCUGUUGCCACUGAGCUGCCUCUGGACAAGAUAUGUGGCUUGAAUGCAGGUAUGGCUUUCGAAAUGCCUUCAGACCCAGACCAGUUGCCUUCCCCUUCCCCCGUGGUGAUGUUUGAGGACGAUAACCUGGACUCUCGGAGGAGGUCUUUUGACUCUGACAGAUCCCUGUCUUAUGGCUACAACUCGCCUACCUCUGGUGGGCCCAUGGAUCUGACCCACCUAUUGUCCAAGCACAGGAAAUCAGACCCCAGCCCGCUUAUUCAUUUGAGACGACGGGACACGCUGACGGGGACCGGGCAGGACUCCUCGCAUUUGAUUCUGGUGACGUACGAGCGCAAGGUCACCACCACCCGCAAAGUCAGCAUCCCUGGCAUCCUGGUGCCUGACAUCAUAGCCUUUGACCCGCGGGGCGGCACAGUAGCCGUGGCGUCCAACACCUGCAACAUGAUCCUGGUGUACUGCGUGACGGCCUCCGGUAUGCCCAACGUCCAGCAGAUCCAGAUGGAGAAGAACGAGCGGCCAAAGGGCGUGUGUUUCCUCAGCAACAAGCUCCUCAUGCUCAUGGUGGGCCGGCAGAAGUCCAACGACCCGGCCUUCCUCCCCUCCUCCAACACGGACAAGUUCAUCCUCCGGCUGAUGACCAAGGAGCUGCUGUUCGACGGGGAGACGAUCCCUCCCUCGCCACAGGCGCCGGCCUCCCCCGUGAACUUCCCGGGGACUAGACGCCACUCGGAGCACUUCCCCAAAGACGACAGGCUGGGCGGCGGCGUGCGGGAGCUCAUGCUGCCAGGUGGUGGCGUAAUCCCCUCCCCAGGGAGCAGCAGGCGGAAGCUGGUGGAGGAGGUGGUGAACACACAGAGCCCGGCAGGCGGCAGCCCAGGCGCCAGCUCCACGGACUUCUCCGACCGUGCCACCUCUAGCGCCUCGUCCGUCACCAUUGAGCCCUUCGACAUGGACCAUAUGAGUCGCAUGGCCACUCUGGCCGUGGGCGGGCAGACGAGUCGGGAGUCCAGCCGGCCGAGCUCGCCGCGUUUUGAUCUCUCCAUGGAGAAGCUCCUAUCGGAGCCGCCGCCGGUGAAGAACAACAACCUCCCCAGAGACAAAGCGGUGGAUCAGCUGUCACAGGGCAUGGAGAAGAUUUUUGCCCGAUUUUCUGAAGUGCAGCAGUCUCUGACAGAGAUUCGGGACUAUGCCCAAAAUGGAAGGAAAGCAAUAGUGAACUAUCCGUGUUGUGCAGAACCUCCUUAUAUCAACCUUACAUUUCAGAAGCAGCUGUCGGAGAACGUGUUCAUAGACGAGAGGAGGCCCGUGCUGCUGUGUGAGGGGAAACUGAGUCUGAAGAUGAUCCAGGAGCUCUUCAGCCUCACUGUGGUGGAGAUGCUGCAUGGUCCUCUGUGGAUAGUCCUUGUUGCCGAUGCAGAGGGCUUCGUCCCCCUGACGUUCAAGCCUGGCGAGCAUCUCACCAUCAGGAAUGGAAAAAGGAAUUUCCCUCUGAAGGGACAUGGAGGCCAGGAUGCCUCGAGUACAGAGAGACAGUUUUCCAGCUGCGGAGAGCACUGAGAACCAACAUACAGAACCCUGCUCUCCUUAAAACUUCAGUCUAUAGACCUCAGAAGUUCGCCUUCAAAAAGAACCCAAACGCUGCCAUCUCAUUAAGGAGAUCCGGGUUCCAUCUUUGCACAUAUAAGGAGAUCUGGAUCUUCUUAUAUGAGCAAAGAUUGCAGCUUUGGGUCCUUUUUAUAGAUAAACUUCAGAGGUUUAUGGUGAAAUGUUCCCACUUGUAAUGUCUGAUCAGAAUGGAAGGGCAUGUGGGAAGCACUUGGAAAUUGAACUGUUCCUGCUGUCAGAUGAAGUUUAUUUUCUUAAGCUCAAAGAAAAAAAAAAAUAUUUUUUGAAGGUCAUGUGAUUGAAAGUUUGUCUGAACAUUUAAUUCAACAAACAAGUUUGUUUAUUUGUUUGACUGUCUGUUUGCUUGUUUGUUUGUAAUUGAUGAAUGAACAAACUGCAGUGCCUGCUGAUAGGUUGUUGGCCAGUAGUGUACAGCGUAGGUUUUAUCUGCAGGAUAAACCUGUUAUGUUACAUGAUUCCUCACUGAAAUAAUAAAUUAUAUUUGUAAUGACCACAAA